AUGGCCUCACACUGUGAAAGUAAUUACAUGUGGGAUCAGAUGGUCCCGGUCCACACCAGCAGAGCCGCGGCCACCGUGCUCGUGCUGAGCUGCCUGUGCGCGGCGCCGCUGCGGGGCCAGAGGCCGGGCCAGGUGGACCCGCUGACGGCGCACAGGGCCAACCCGCAGUGCUGGGACUCGUCCUCGGCCCUGCUGCUGGAGAUGCGCUCCCCGCGGAUCGCCGACACGGUGGCCGCCUUCUGGGACAUGAUGGGGACGCUCAGGUCGUCCGACAACAGCAAGCACACGGAGCUGUUCUGGGACCUGGCCCGGGUCUUCUGGGACCUCUACGUGGACUGCGUCAUGUCCAGGAGCCACGGCCUGGGGCGCAGGCACACCACCGCCGUGCACUCCCUCUUCACCGACAAAUCCUUCAGAUUCAACAGCUCAGGAGCAAACUCUAGAGCCUGGCUCAGAGUCAGAGUGAGACGCAGAGGACACAUCAAGACCCGCAAGACCAAACCCAAAUGA